CAUCUGGCCACACCCCCGGGAUCACUCAACAGCUCCGCUUCCUCGACGGUGAUUGGCCACCGGAACUGUAGCUCAGGAGAGGCACACAGGCGGCCAGUCACCGGCGAGGAGGUGGAGCUUGGAGAGGAGGAGCCGAGCAGCAGUGCGAGGAUCAAAGAAGAUCGAGUGAGGGAGCUGCCGGAGCAAGUGAAGAGGAGAGCGGCCGGAGAAGGAAGAAGACAGCUGACUGCCAGGUAUGUUGGCUGUAGAUGGGAGAGGGAGGGAGCGAGCCCAGGCUGGAGCAUGGGUCAGCAAGGUAAGUAUCAUUGGUGUCAGUGGGAG